AUGGCACUUGCCAAACCCGUUGAGCAAAUAUCAACCGCCUCUAUCAUUGACACGCCCGGGCCUAUGCAUCAUUGCCUUCAAGUCACCGAAAUCCUCGACUUGAUACUCACCGAUCUCUUCGAGAGCAGGGAAGGGCCACAUUCGAGGGGUGAUUUGCUCUCAGUGGGGUUAACGUGUCAAGAUUUCCUUGAAGUUGCUUUGGACAUCCUCUGGGGCACUCAAACAAGCCUUGUACCCCUGAUAAAGACCUUGCCAUGUAAUCUAUGGAAAGAAGGGGGAUCAGGGUUUGAUAAAACACUCCAACUGUUGGUUGAAGACAACUUAACACAUGGUGAAGAAGCAAGAUUCUAUUUCUACGCCAAACGUAUACGUCGAUUAAAUUAUGUUCCUUAUACCUGGUAUAGAAUAUCGCCGAGUGACGCACCGCCGCAUGAUUUGAUGAUAAUACGCGUCCUCUGGAAUAUCAGGCAAAACAAAGAAGUUCCCCUCUUCCCACGUCUACAACAUGUAGAGUUCUCCACGAUACAACACGCAUCUCUUUGCCUCGAUAUAUUUUUAGAAUCAAAACAAGUCUCCUUAUCGCUGUACUGGAGUCAUUCCACCGACAACAUGGAUAAACUAGUCCCUAUAAUCAAGAAACACGCGCUCAAUAUGCAAGAACUUGACCUAGAUUCUUUCCAAGGCAUAAAAAGACAUCCAGCUGUAGAAAACUAUUUUGCUCUUUCUCAAUUGGUGUUAGCCAUGGAGGAUCUCCGGGGGUUGGCGUGUGGUCCUCAUAUUCUCAAUACCGAAGCGAUCGGCUAUUUAUCAUCCCUUCCUCACCUUCUUAAAUUGCAUCUACCGCACAACUCACAGGAAAUUGUGGCUGGAUUGGAGAAAAGGCAUUCUCUUACACAGAACAAGCAGCCAUUUCCAGAACUACAAGAUCUAUUCAUCCGAGAAACGAAGCUUUCUACGUUCGCCACUCUCAUGCGAUACCUGCUUCCGUUGCAAAUUCGAAAAUUGGUGGUGGAAUUAAGCAACGAAUUCAGCGCUCAAGAUGUGAUACAAUCCCUCACAGCUUUAUCCAUGGGAAGUUCUCGAUGGACCAAUGUUCAUCAAAUCGCGUUUAAACAGAUGUCGACUAAUUCCAGGCACGGUCACAGUCGUAAAUUAGAUGAAACGGUCGUCAUUAAUUGCUUCGUUCUGUCCCCUUUGUUGAACUUCCCCAACUUGACUACUCUUGAGUUGGACAUGCUAUGCGUGUUUGACCUCCGCGAUUCAGAUAUAACUUCUAUGGCGGAUGCGUGGCCGAGGCUACGCCAUUUACGGCUUGGGCCUCUGGAGGGAUGGUACAUGCCAUCGGGGAUCACAUAUAGCGGUUUACUCCAUCUUUUACUGAAGUGCCCCGAUCUAGAAUACCUGGCAAUUGUGUUCAAUCCUGCGAGCGAUAUCCCCCGCGACAUCAAACAAGGUCACAUUAAUAGGAAUAUUACAUAUUUCUACGUUGGAAACUCGAUACCGUCGGCUAGACGGUACGAACCCAUUGGAAAGUUCUUGGCCACAAUCCUUCCAUGUUGUCGUGGAUUUGGUGGAAGAUGGCAAGUAAAGCAAGACGAAGUCGCUCGUCGUCGAUGGGAUUCUGUCCUGACCGUCAUGAGAAACUCGCAAAAAUAG